AUACAUAUCAAAUAAACAUAUCUAUGUUAUUAUUUAAGCAUAAAAUAAAGGAAUUCAAUUAAAGCACAGAUUUAGGGAAGUUUUCCACCAUGGAACAAGGAUAUCCGUUUACUGAUGCAAGCUUUAGUAUAUUAGGCCUGUUGUGGAGUAAGACUGAAACUUAUUAUUGCAUAUAAAGAAAGUGUUUUCCUCCUAGACAAAAUCACUAAAGGGACGAAACAUGUUUUACAUCAGCAUAUUAUUGCAGCUGCUUGUAUCAGAUCUUGUGGCUUCAUGGCCAGUUUCAUACAACCCUGGAAGCAUAUGUGUAUUCGAAAGAUCAUCUGUGUAUUUCAGCUGCACAUUUGAUUAUGUGUCUUAUCGCACACUUAAAACAACAAAAUGGUUCAAGCCAGAAGCUCAUCAGAAACAAGACGGGACGCAGGUGGGAAUAUCUGUCUAUAACUCAGUGGCGGCAGAGAUUCACCAGCUAUACAAAAACAGAACGACUUAUGCAAACCAAGACAAAAACUGCUCACUGCAGUUACAUAAUGUCUCCAGAAGUGACUCUGGAAGAUAUUUCUUUCGCUUUGAAACAUAUAAUGAAAAAUACACAGGAUUAGGUGGCAUAAACCUCAACGUAGCAGUUCUACCUUUCAGAGUAACAGUGAAACCACAAAGGCUGAAUGGACACAUCUAUGAAGGAGACUCUGUGAUACUGACAUGCAGCACAGAAAACUGUACCCCAAAACAAGAGCUGUUUUUCUGGUUUAAAAACCAACGUCUGAUUCCACAAGCCAAUGAGAAUGUGCUCCGAAUCUCUUCUGUCUCUCACAAUGAUUUUGGCAACUACUCCUGCGGUCUGAAGAACAGCAGCACGACUUCCGCAGAUGAAGUACUGCUUGACGUAAGAUAUUGUCCAAAGAACACUGAAAUAGCCGUUUUGCCAUCUGGAAAGAUAAAGGAAGGAAACUCACUGACUCUGAUCUGUAUGAGCAAUGCCAACCCUGCAGUGACAAACUACACUUGGUUUAUGAUCAAAGAAGCAAACGUCUCUUAUAUAGGAUCUGAUCGUGAAUUCUCCAUCAGAUCUGCUAGUCAGAAGAACAAUGGACAGUACUUCUGCACUGCUAAAAAUGACAUGGGUUCUCAAAACUCUACAGUCAUAGCACUGGAAGUUGAAGUGCCUGGUCGUCGAAAUUCCAUGCUGACUGCAACAGUUGUGUUUUUGUUUCUAAUGGCUGUAUUGUUAGUCCUGUUUGGUCUCAUUAUAUGGAGGAAACAGUUUCCAUCAAAGAAGCCACCCACAGAACAGACAUCUGCAUUCACUGUCACAGUCACAGAGGAGAUCUAUGAGAACCUGAGAAAAUCGUCAGAGUCUGAAGAAAACCGUACUACGUGUGUGACAUAUGCAGAUCUAAGGCUUCCUCAAUCAACCUCAGACAGACCACGUUGCAACAGGCAAGAGGGGAACAGCGUGAUCUACAGCAUUCUUAGUUACAAAGACUGAAUGAAUCUAACCACUGUGAAUAAUGAGUUUAAGAAGCAGCUGUUGUAUAUUUUUCUCUCUUUUUAUUCAAAAGAAUCAAAAAGUUGUGAAUACAUUUACACUGAGUACAAAAUUACUAUAGGAUCACACACAGAGUAUAAAAGCUUUGAAGAAAUAAUUUAUACAAUGUACAGUAAAGGUCAAAAAUGUAUUAAUAAAUCUAUGUACAUCUUUUUGCAAGCAUCUGUAUUUACAUCCACAUUUAACACCACUUGCUCAAAACAUUCAAACACGGUGCAUUUAUGUAACAAAUUAUGAUGUUGAAACAAAUAAAAUGCAACGUAAUAUCUAUAUUAGCUCAAAUGGUUUUUUAUUUUUACAGUCCUGUAUUUUAGAUUUUAUCCAACCUACAAGCAUAUGUUAAAUGCGCAAUAAAUUAAUACUAGUGACGACAUUAUAUGAUAUUAUGCUCCCAUUAUGUCAGUAAUAUUAUAUUUAACAUGUCAACAUCAUAUUCUGCUUUUUUCUGCUCACUACUGAACAUACAUU